UCGAGAGGCCUCGAGGUGCUGUUCUCGCAGCGCAUUCGCAAGUGAACAAUUAAUCCGCGUUGUGAUAUGGUCGGCUUUCUCGGGCUUAAGGAUCCGCAAUGGGGAUAUGGAGGGGUUAGCUGGUGGGGUCGCUCUGGCCUUGACUGUUAUGGAUGCGCUCUGGAAUUGGCAGGGGGCGUUGAUGUUGUCCAAAGAAGGAGAAACAACAAAGAAAGGACACCAAGCCUACAACUCAGACCGUGUUUGAGGGUUGAAGAAGUACAACCUCCACUUCCUAUAUAUCAAUUGUGCAAUGGCUGCAGCCGCUCUUCGAGAGAAACAGGCCCCUAUCAAAGAUCAAUAUAAGCAGGAUCCGUCAAGUGCGGUCGUCACCUUGUCAUCUUCGGGCACGCUCGACUCGAGUAGCAUUACCUGCAAAAUCAAUACCGGCAAAGCUGUCCACGACGCCAAGCAGAAGAUCGCAGGGCUGCAUCAAAAAGCUGGAGGUGACGACCCAGACGUCUCCGGUGAAUUAUGCUCAGGCGACAUGCUGCUGGAAGCCUUGGUGGCAUGCGCAGGAGUUACGCUGAAAGCGGUUGCGACUGCGCUCGACAUCCCAAUCAAGAGUGGUACGGUCAAAGCGGAGGGCGACCUCGACUUCAAGGGGACCAUGGGCGUGGAUCGCAACGCGCCCGUAGGUUUCAGAGCUAUUCGGCUGGAGUUUGAUCUGAAGCUUCAGCCUGGCGCUGAGGUACCGGAGGAAAAGAUUGAGAAGCUAGGCAAGCUGACGGAGCGAUACUGCGUCGUCUUGCAGACCAUCGCGAAGAAGCCCGAGCUGAGCGUGAGCCUGCACGGCACACAGAAUACAGAGGAAGGUAUUGAUAAGACGUUAUCUUGGGGCCAAAAAGGUUGAUCAAAGUCCGGAAGGCAAUGACCGCUCUAUGCACGGGGGCUGUGCCGCAAACCUGGUAGAUGGUUACAAGCAGCGAAGACAGAUGACCGAGAAAAUCUAAAGGCGCGCUCAAUAGCAAGUGCGUGGGCUCAACGGCCGGAACACGUUAUACGACGGUAUCCUUGGGGAGACAUCCGUCCGCGACACCGACCGAGUGGCUGCAGAAUAGGUGGCUGAGUGUUUUUCGACCGAUCUAUUGAUUCAUGUUAUUGUUUCGCGAAGACGCGUUGAAUCGCCUAUCAUCAUUCACC